AUGAUUCUCGCAGCACCCGGCAAGCUCCUUGCUACCGGCUCUCCUGUCCAUCUCAAAUUAACCCUUGGAGACGGCUACAUCAUCAACCUGCACCGAGCAAGCGAAGCAGAGGAUGAAAAGGGGCAUGUCAUACGUCUCAACAGCAAGGAGCCUGGCGCCGUGGCUCGAGUUCUCCGUAUCAUCGAGGACCGCAAAAUCGAGCUCGGAAUCACGCGAUAUGAUGUUCAUGCAUCAUCGCUUGAAGAUGUUUUCCUCGGAUUGAUGAUCCGAACAUCUGUCCAAGCCAUGGUUUAUAGCAACGGACUUACACCACUAGGUCUAUGGCUUGGACUUCUUUUUGAGAUACCUUCCAUCGUGAUCAUCUCCAGCAUUAUCAGCUUGGUGUUUGCCUACGGUCAAGAGUCACCCCAAUUUUAUCACACAGGUAUACUUUGGGUGAUCCUCACUCUUUAUGGCAUGACUGCUGCCCUAUUUUCCUUUUGCGUGACCCUGUUCAUUACCUCUGGCUUGGCCGCCUUCGCAAUUGUAGCUGGCUACCAAGUCAUCAUUUUUCUGCUAUACACCGCUGCCUAUUUGCUCACAUUGACUUUUCAACUGAGUGCCAACAACAGUCAGACGUUGACCGCAGUCCAUUUUGCAAUGGCAUUGCUGUCCCCUAUCGUCAGUGUUGUUCGCGCGGCCUUCGUUUCAGUUAACCUCUUCAACCUUCUUUGCGACGGCACUGGGAACUACACCACAUCCCCACCUGGAGAUGUGCUGAAGUUCGGUGGACCCAUAGUGUAUCUAAUCGUCUACGGUAUUCUCUGCUUUGCUCUUCUCAUCGGCAUAGAUUCGGGAUUCUUCACAACGCCGAAACUUCUCAACUUGCUCAGACGAAGGAUACGCUUUGGCACGGCAACACCUCCAGAAAGGGAAACUGGAGCCGAUGUUCUGGUAGAAGCGAAGCGUGUAAGGGCUUCUAACGACGCCCUGCGCGUGAUUGGGCUCUCGAAGCAUUUUGCUUCAAUGACCAUUCCUGCUGUCGACGAUGUCAGUUUUGGUGUCAACGCAGAGAGAAUGGCGCUGCUCGGCCCUAACGGAGCCGGGAAGACGACAACUUUCAACAUGAUUGUGAGAGGGUCCAUUUUCAGGGGCACAGGAAUUAUUCUGAGAUUGUAA